AUGUUUUACUCUUACGCGCAUUGUAUGUCAGUUUGUGGAAUUUACGCUGACAAUCGCACUUCCUCCAACAAAAUGACCUUUCCGCGAUUCAUCCCUGAACCAAAAAUCAAUCGUAUCCGUCACGUAAAUGGUUUCACGUUGAAUCAAACUGUAUCAUCAGGAAAAGAACGAAAGUACCAUAAUUUAUUUGCAACUUCCUCGAGUGAUAAUGACAGAGGACUUCAGAGAAGUCGUUUACAAUAUCGCAAACCGUUACCCGAAAAGAGAUUGCGACCAAUUAAUGUUCGAAAUGAUCAAUAUGGAGAUGCGCAAUUAGCUAGAAGAUAUCAAUAUCUUCAAUACAAUCCAUCUAAACAUUCGAUAGUGGUUUCAAAUCGUUUUAAGCAAGAACCAAAGCGAGAACAUAGUAUCCGCAUGAUGGUACGUAAACGUGGACGUGUGUCAGAAGCGUCAGAUAAGAAACGCCAGGAAAAGAUGGUGACCGGUGGGGUGCGAACUGGACAAUCAAGAGAGCAAGCAAUCUAUUCAAGACCUCAAGAAAUACGACAAAGUAGUCCAAUUCGAAUUAAUCAAGCAACUUAUUCGCUUGGCAUAACUGUAACCCCGUCAUCUGAAUAUCUAUGUGAAAAACACAUUGAAACAUAUAUUCAACAAAAGCAAGCUUAUGAACGUUCACAUGCUGAAGCUUUACGUGAACAUGACAGAUUAAUACAGCAACGUCGUCGUGAUGAGUAUGAACAGAUGUUGAAAUAUGCGCGAGAAUUGCAACGGUGCCAGCAAGCUAUUCAGUCGGCGCACAAUCGCGUACCAAAAGAACGAGUGCAAAUAAACGAUGCAAAUGUCGCGCGACAACAACAACAGUUAUGGUCACAAAGACAAUACUUAAAAGCGGGACAAGAUCAAAAUGCCGCAGAAGUUAGACGAACAAAACUGAAACAUCGAAAACUUUUGAAUUUUGAAAAGUUGAAACAAAUAGAAAAAAAUCGAAAACUACUGAAAACAACUCCAAAAUCACUUCAACUUAAGCAGUGGUUGCAACAACAACAACAACAACAACAACAACAACAACAACAACAACAACAACAACAACAACAACAACAAGAACAACAACAAGAACAACAACAACAACAACAACAAGAACAACAACAACAACAACAACAACAACAACAGCAAAGUGAAAUUCGAUUAGAAAAAACCAUUCGAGAACAACAACAAUUGCAACGGCAAAUCUGGUCUGAUAAGAUGAAAGAACAGAAAAAAGACAGUCAAAGAAUUCAAGCUGAUCCAUCAAGAAGAUCGUCCUAUACAUCUCAACCUGAACAUCAACAACAAAUACAAUCCUACCAGACUUCUUCAGAUUUUUAUGAGAACCAAGAUCAGAGAAAGUUGACUAUCUAUAAUAAAAGCAAUACCGGUAUGAGUGUCAGCAACGAACUCUCGAUGAAGUCAGAACUUGAUAGCCGUCCAGUAAGUGAAGUACCGAGUAUUUCGCGAAAUCCGGUUAGCAUUGAACCGGGAUUGGAUCAAAGUGAUGUAAAUCAGUCAUCAAACGACGGAAGUUGGCAUCGUAGUCAGAUGCAACCAAAUAUAGAACACUUUCCGUUUGAAAUGAUUCUCACUGCGGACCGAGUUUCGGAUGGACAGGAUGUUCACGUUACGGAGAUGAUAAAUGCGAUACCGUCACCAACCGAAGAUUUUAAUCAACAAAAACAGAUGGUUACCAUUGAAGAUUACGAAGAAGAAGAUUAUACAUAUAAUCAAGAAUCUGAAAAUGAAGAUCAUCUGAGACACACUUCAGCAGAAUUUGUAGAAGGACGAUGGACAGUAACAUUAGCUGUACAGCCUACUUCUCCCUCGUUAACUUUUCAUUCCAUUGAUUCUUUUACCGAUGCACCGGAAACAGAAACAGUUACUGAUACAAUGGCGGCACAGAUGGAAAAACGGAAAGAAUCAGGAACGGAAACAGAUAUAAUAGAGAUUAUACCGUCAAAGCAUGAUAGUGAGGAUCAUAACAUGAAAAUUUUAAAAAGUGAAAAUGAGAUUGAGGAAAAUGAUGAUGAAAUUAUGUUUUGGUAA